AUGCCGUCCAAAACGUCUGGGCGCAUCGAAAAGGUGCGCAAAAACAAGUUCUCGACACCCCACCAGAAAAACCACCGAUGGGAGUCCUUCUCGACCAAGAUCGCAAAGUUCAAUUCCCUGCAGCCGCUGCGCAAAGUCCGACGCCAUGACCUCGACUCGGAGGACCUGUCGGCCACGACGUCGUAUUUCCAAAACGGCCUGCAAAAAUGGGGGGAGCUCAACAUCUCGAAGCCCUUCUGCGGCUUCAAGAAGGAUGUCCUCCCGCUUUCGGAGAGCCUGGCCCAGAUCCUGCAUUUCAAGGACAGGAUCAUGAGCCUCUUCGCCCAGUACAUCUCCCUGCAAGACAAAGACGCUCUGGAGCCCCUCCUGGACCUCUUGACUGCCUUUGCGCACGAUUUGGGAGUUCGAUUCGAGAAAUACUACUCGCAGAGCCUGAGUCUGCUCCUCGCCAUCGCCAGCAAGCCGCAGGACGUGGAGGUUAUUGAGUGGACAUUUGGAGCGUUGGCCUUCCUGUUCAAGUACCUGUCGAAGCUCCUUGUCCCCGAUCUCCGACCGACUUUCGACGUUAUGGCGCCACUCCUCGGCAAAUCGAAGCAGCCGCAGCAUAUUGCUCGUUUCGCCGCCGAGGCCAUGAGUUUCCUAGUCAGAAAGGCCGCCGCCCCGUCUCACCGCGAGACAGCUCUGGUGCCGCUCGUUGAGCAUAUCAGGCACGACCUUCGCAGCGUAGCCGAAGACCGCCAAUUCACUCUCUACAAGGAUGGUAUCAUGACCAUGUUCGCCGAGUCCAUAAAGGGGACGGAGUACUCCAUCCACUCCGUCGGCAGCGCUGUCAUUACGACUCUUAUCGAUGCCAUUCCGGAAGACGAGAGCAGGUUGGCCAGGGAAACUGUCUGGACCGACGUGGUCUGCGGUGUUUUGACGAGCACUAUACACCACGCUACCGUGGACACGUUCCGUGAUGCUGCAGAGGACAUCCUCACCUGCAUCAAGGCCAGAAGAGAGCGCAUUCAACAGUCCCCCACCCAGUGGCAAACGGUGCCUCUCAUCAAGCUUCUCGGGGUCAUGGCGGGUGUUCGCCGGGGCUCUCGGAUCACAGCCUGGGAUCGCAUUAUCCUCGAGCUCAUUUCGAUCCUCAAAAUCACUGGCAAGGCGAAUGAGGACGUCCGCCAGGAUGAGAACGAUAUACUUUGGACGGCAGUCAUCUCCAAAGUCGCCAUUAUAUGGCACCACGCCCCAAUCGACGCCCUGAUACCGCACAUUUCUUCGCUCAACCAAUCGCUUACCCGAGGGCCGUUUAUGCAUUGGUUCAUUCCCUUCUGCUCAUACUUUUGCGACCUGGACGCAACUCGCUUUGGAAGUCUGUUCCGAACCGAGUUUCAGAGGUUCGUGGCAACCCACUGGUCGCAAGGCGAGAACGAGGACGUUCUUUGCGUGCUCCUCCCGCGCAUGAUCAAGAACAGGGCGUUCCCACCCAUUGGCGACAAGGAUUGCUGCAAGUUGCCCCAGGCUUGGCAGGAUCAGAUUGUGUCAAAGUUUGAGCGCCUGGAAAUCUCGCCUUUCCCCGAGCGUGGACCGUACAACAAGGACCCGCAGGAAUGGAGGGACCGGUGCCUGCCAAAAUAUGCCGGCCUCCUCCAUCUUCUGGAGAUCACAGCUGUGCACCCGUCGACGAAUGCUCGUAUCGCGGAACUACUUCUGCGGAAGCUCAAGUUGGCGCUACGCCCGUCGUCAUCCCUGGCGUCCGACGAGGUGAAUUUCAUCGUCAGCCAAGGAUUCCACGCCUAUCUUCGUAUGAGCAAGGCUUCUGGAUCCGUGGACACCACGCUCAGCCCUCUUCUCCGCGCUGCCGUGCCACGAUUCGGCCGCUCCGUCGGGUUCUUGCGAGCCUACCUGGCGUAUGAGAGUCUGCAGCAGGACAAGUCUCAGUCCAACGAUAAAUCAUCGAGUCCAGGGAGUGAAGGCUCUGCGUCGGAAGAGGAUCCGGUGGUGACGGCCCUGGUAGAGAACCUCAGCUCCCCGUCUCAUGAUAUCCGGUUGGCCUCUUUGGAGCUGCUGAAAAAGAUGGAUGUCACCCACGGCCCGUCUGAGUGCGUGGAUAUCAUGGUCCAGGCUGAACAAAUGCCGUUGGCCCUGGAGAACACGAGGACCAUGGCCAUGCUUCUGCGCAAGCUCGGUCAAUUAUACGCCUCCAUCGACCACUCUUCCUGGCUUGGAACGGGUAUCCCUCGAUUUGUUUUUGGCAUGCUUACUGUCAAGCUGUCACCCGUCUGGGAUAACGCCGUGGAAGCCCUGCAGCUGAUUACGCAAACCAAACCCGGUGAGGACGCCGUGGCUACAAUCGCCUUCCAGUGGCUGGAGACUCAGUCUGCUCGCUGGACACCACCCAAUUCAGAACUUGCCGGUUCUGGACGGCGGAUAUACACCGACUUCGAAUGCACAGCGCUGGGAGGACUAGAGAAAGCUGCCGGCAGCAUUCUGGACCUCACGGAAAAGGCAGAUGGCAUGCUGCUACGGGAAUUCGACGAAAAGCAACAGUUAGCCGAGCCAAUUGUUGUGACGGCAAGGGCACGCGCUUUGAAGGUCUUCAAUGGAACCCCUUCCAUCGCGGAGAGGAGGUCGCGUCAGCUUGUCCCGCACUUCCUGUCGUGGGCUCUCGAUGAGGACGAAACAGACAACGUCACCUCCGAGGAACCGGCUUCUCUGGAAGGGUCGUCCUGGUCUUUGGCCGACCGGAAGGCUAUGCUUGGUGUCUUCGCGCAGUUUGUCAACCCCAGGGUGCUAUACAAACACGAAAAGGUGUACGAGGCACUUCUUCAGCAGAUGGAAAAUGGCGAUGUCGAAGUGCAAAAGCUUGCACUCAAAGCCAUCUUGGCCUGGAAGCAAGAUGGAGUCAAGUCGUACCAAGAGAACCUCGAGUACUUGCUUGAUGAAGCCCGUUUCAAGAACGAGCUGGCAGUAUUCCUGCAGAGCGACGAUAUCAUCAAAACUGAGCACCGACCGGAGCUGCUUCCGGUUCUUCUGAGGCUUCUCUACGGUCGCACCAUCUCGAAAAAAGGAGCCGCAAGUGGCAGAAACGGGCUACAAGCCACGCGCUUGGCCGUCCUGCGAAACUUGUCCGUCGAAGACAUGGGCAGCUUCCUGGCAAUUGCCGCUGGCAAGCUAAAGGACGUUCGUGUUGCUGUCCCUGCUUCUCAGCGAGAGAAGCUCUUCAAUGACCCUAUUGUAUCUGUCCGCAAACAGAUGGGUUUCCUCAACAUGAUCUCGUCCCUGAUCUCGGAGCUCGGUACCAACGUUGAUCCUUACAUGGAUACUCUUGUCAACACGGUACUCUACUGCUUAGUGUACUCUUGCAGGCACCUCGGUGGAGCGGCCGCAGAGUCAGCGGCAGACGCCGAAGAUCACGAAGAGAAAAGCAGUGACCAUUCCCUGCUAAGGGUGACGAGGUCUCUGGGCAUCAAGUGCCUGAACUCGCUCUUCCAGAAUGCGCAGGGUUUUCAGUGGGAUCCAUACCAGGACAUAAUCUUGGUGGAGGUCGUCGCCCCGAGACUCGAGAACCUCCCUGUGGAGACUACACAGGGCAUUUCGGGUCUUUUGCAGCUCAUGUCGACGUGGUCGGUCCUCCCCAAGUCAGCCUUGUUCCUCGGCCCCCAUGGGAAGAGCCUACCCGAAGGAGUUCUGCCAAAGCUCAUUACAUGCCUGUCUAUUGAGAAGACAAAGGAUGAGGUCAAGAUAUUUGUGCUCGGCAUUCUGCAGAGCCUAGUCAAGCUCGCUUUGGCGCCAGCGAACGAGUCGGAAUUCAACGAAGUCAUCAAGGAUGAGCUUCUCGACCCGAACGCAGAGGCAAUGCUGGUCAACAUAUCUACCGUUGUUAAGACAACGACAAUCAGCAACGACCUCCUCGAGGCAUCCGUGGAGACGAUUCUAGCAUCCGCUCCCAUCCUCCAGGACUUGAAGAAUGCGCAGUCCGUCAUCAGGAUCUGUAGCUUCCUUCUCCAGCAGCCCCCGCGGCGAGUCAACCCAAAGACCAAGGGCAGAAUCUUGCUCAUUGUGGAGAGGUUCGUUGCUCUGCCGGACGCAGCAGAGGAUCCGGCCUUGCUUGGCGAAGUUUACAACACGCUUUCCUCACUCUUCAGCUACUUCAAGGACAGAGAAAACCGCCAAUCACUCUCUCGGGCUAUGAUUGCCAUAUCCGAACAGGAUGCCGAGGUAGCCGAGGUCGCCAGCCUGUGCAAAGAGCUGAACUCGUUCAAGGAGGGACGGCUUGAUGAGCCCGACUACGACAGACGACUUGCGUCUUUCACGGCAAUCUCAACCGAGCGUGACGUACCUUGGACUCCAAAGCAAUGGCUGCCACUUCUUCACAACCUGGUCUUCUUCAUCAAGGUUGACGAGGAAUUCGGCGUGCUGUCCUCGAAUUCUGCCGACGGAAUGCGCCGCUUUGUUCAAACCGUGGCCAACUGCACGACCAGCAGCCUCGCUGAAGGAUUCGACGAGCAUAUGAGAGCAGUCCUCUUGCCGUCGAUUUACUCUGGCGCGCGAGACCCAUCUGAGACUGUGCGCCGAGAGAACUUGCGAGUGUUUGGAUUCUUGUUGACGGUGAUGCCGGACUGGGAGCCCGUUGCCGAUCUCAGUGGUCUACUGACCGACCGUCAAGAGGACUCUUCGGAGCCGUCCUUCUUCUUCAAUAUCUUGAGCCCUGCGACGGCGAGACAGCUCGAGGCUCUCAACGCUCUUCAGUCAGCGAACGAGAGCAAGGAGAUGAGCAGUCAAAAUCUGGGCCAGUUCUUCAUUCCUCUGCUGGAACACUUUGUGUACGGCCGAGCAGAUGGGGGCGAUGAUCACGGUCUCGGCGCGCAAGCAACAACCACUAUCGGCAGCUUGGCGUUGUCUCUCCACUGGAACCAUUGGCGGACCACCUUCCAUCGCUACAUCAGCUAUAUCGAGUCAAGGCCUGAAGCGCAGAAGCAGACUGUCAGGCUUCUGGGCAAAUUCGCCGACGCGCUGGUUCUAUCAGUUGCCGAUCCGGCGACCGAGGCCAUGGAUGUGGAUGAGGCAGAGGCAUCACCGGCUUAUGCAAAGAGACUUCGCCAGACAGCCCCGAAGAUUCCGCAGCUCUCUACCGAUGUCUUGGACUAUUUCCUGCCUCCGCUUGUCAAGCAUCUCCACGAGAAGGACGAAUCCGAGGUCAGCUACCGAGUACCCGUCGGCGUUGUCGUCGUCAAACUUCUAAAGCUCCUGCCUCCGGAACAAAUGAACCAGAGGCUUGCCGGUGUCCUGACGGAUAUCUGCCAUAUUCUACGCAGUAAGGCGUGGGAGUCCAGAGACAUGGCACGAGAUACUUUGGUAAAGAUUGCGGUCAUCCUUGGCUCGUCGUUUUUCGGCUUCAUUCUCAAGGAGCUGCGAGGCGCGUUGACCAGGGGUUACCAGUUGCACGUCCUCUCCUACACGAUGCACUCUAUUCUCGUGGCCACGGUGCCCACCUUUGCUCCUGGCGACUUGGAUCACUGUCUACCGGCCAUCGUCAACGUCAUCAUGGACGAUAUCUUCGGCGUCAUUGGUCAGGAGAAGGACGCCGAAGGCUACACCACGCAGAUGAAGGAGAUUAAGAGCAGCAAAAGUCAGGACUCGAUGGAAUUGGUGGCCAAGAAUGCUUCGGUCACCCAUCUCAUCCACCUGGUUAAGCCUCUGCAAGCUCUCCUGCUGCAAAAGGUCGAUCUAAAGAUGGUACGCAAGAUUGAUGCGUUGAUGGGCCGUAUCGGUGCAGGCCUUCUACAGAACCCCGGGGCAGAGACUCGGGAUACGCUCGUCUUCUGCUACGAAGUCAUCCAAGCAACGUACCGGGCCCAGCAGCCGGAGACGAUCCAGAAGCUGGAUCCGAGGAUCCGGAAGUAUCUCGUCCAGAAGGGAGCCCGGAAAAGCGGCGAGCGCGGCAAGACCACCAAGCACACAUACAAGCUGGUCAGGUUCGCUCUCGAUAUCCUGCGAUCCAUGUUCAAGAAGCACGACAGCUUGAGAACCCCAGCCAACAUUUCUGGAUUCAUCCCGAUGCUGGGCGAUGCCAUUGUGGACGGUGAGGAUGAGGUCAAAAUUGCUGCCUUCCGCCUUCUUGCUGUCAUAGUCAAGGUCCCCUUCACAUCGGACGACGGCAAGAACAUCUACAAGGUAGCGGUCAAGGAGGCAACCAAGAGCAUCUCGAUGUCGACUUCCACGACCACAGACCUGUCCCAGGCCGCCCUGAAGAUGCUGUCUGUGGUGCUUCGCGACCGCCGAGACGUCGUUGUGAAGGAGGCCGCGGUGGACAUGCUUUUGGGCAAGCUCAAGGAUGACUUUACCGAGCCACUGUACCGCCAUGUCACAUUCAACUUCCUGCGAUCUGUCCUGGAUCGGCGAAUCGAGACUGCACUGGUCUACGACACUGUGGACCACGUUGGCACAGUGAUGAUACUCAACGACGACAAAGACACGCGAGAUCUUGCCCGCGGCGCCUUCUUUCAAUUCAUCAAGGAAUAUCCGCAGAAAAAGGCGCGCUGGAGCAAGCAGCUCGACUUCGUCGUUGCCAAUCUCCAGUACAAACGCGAAGGCGGCCGGCUGUCCAUUAUGGAGGUCAUCCACCUGCUGCUCAUGAAGUCAUCGGAUGAGUUUGUUCAAGAAGUCGCGGGAACUUGCUUCCUCCCCCUGUUCUUUGUUCUCGCCAAUGACGAUAGCGACAAGUGUAAGCUCGCGGCGGGCGAGCUGCUGAAGGAGAUCUUCCACAAGUCGGACAAGGAGCGCACGCAAAAGUACCUGACCCUCCUACGAUCUUGGCUGGAGAAGGACGACAACCCGUCCGUCCUCAGGCUUGCGCUGCAGGUUUUCGGCUACUACUUCGAGUCCAACGAUGAUGCACAAAAGAACACGAAGGACUGCAAGCUAGUGCUGGAAAAGUCGGCAGGUAUUAUUGGAUCCGAGGAUGUGAGCGUCAUGGACGAGCAACUCGUCGAGACGACGCUUGGGGUUGUUCGCCUCUUCACCAUGACGAUGCGCGCACAGACACUGUCGGCAGACAGGGAGGAACUGUGGGCGGACGUCGCUGGCUGCCUGCGGCACCCCCAGACGACCGUCAAGUUGGCGGCUGUGAAGCUCAUCAACUCGUAUCUGGUCGACUUUGCAAAGCAAAAGUCGAGCACCUCAUCUGGCGAGACCAUCGAGGGCUCGCACGGGCUCACGCUGACUGUCGACGACGUAUAUCGCCUUGCUCGCGUGUCUCUAGGCACGCUGAAUGGCAACGAGGUGGACGAGGCCCUCGCCUCGGAGCUCGUGCAGGUACUGGUAUUCCUGGGCUCCUGCCUCCCAGCCACGUUGGCUGUCGCGGACGAGGCUGGUCUGGAGGCCGGAGAGGAGGAUGAAGACGCGGAGGAUGCUGAAGAAGGUGACGAUGAGCGGAAGAAGAAUCUGGACUACCUCUUCUUGAGACUGUCCCACAUUCUGCGCAAGGAGGUGCGCCCUCGGGCAAUGGCCAUCAACGGCAAGGUUGCUGCCAUGGAGAUCAUGGAGACGAUAUUCCGCCGACGCUCCCUCAAGCAGACGCGACCGUCGCUCAAGACGAUCCUGUCGCCGUUGGCGCAGCUCACGGAUCCGUCCAUCCCGACACCGUUCAGCAACGACGAGCUCUUCAAGACCAAACUCGAGGGCGUCAAGACUCGGGCCCAGAUCCUCAUGGACUCGCUGCAGAAGAAGUUUGGUACGAGCGAGUACAGCACGGUGCUCAUGCAGGUGCGCGAGGAGGUCAAGGCGAGGCGGCAGCAGAGAUCGGCCAAGCGCAAGAUUGAGGCGAUUGCGCAGCCAGAGAAGUAUGGCAGGGACAAGCGCAAGAAGUUCGAAAAGAACAGGGACCGCCGCAAGGUGCGGUCCAGGGAGCAGAAGCAGGCGCGGCAGUCAUACAAGGGGUGGUAG